CAGUCAAAGGUUAUUUGAUAAAUCAAUAUUUAAGUUUAGUAGUUGUGCAGAGUAUUCCGCGAACAUUUAAGUUUAGAAUGAAGUGAUAGACGAAAAAUGUAUAAAAACUUACUUUUAUUAACAUUUGUAAUAGUGGCAACUGUUAUUUAUUUUGUCGAAUCUAAACAUGUGGGUAUGAACGAUGAGAGAAGUAGUUUGGUGUUCGUGUUUGAUACUACAGGGUCCAUGCACGAUGACUUGGAACAGCUGAGAGAGGGGGCGGAAAUGAUUCUGGACACGGCCCUCGAACACAGGGAUGUCAUUUCCAACUUUGUGUUUGUGCCUUUCAAUGAUCCAGUGGUAGGGCCACCAACAGUAACGCAAGACAAAGAAGUAUUCAAAUCAGCCCUCAACGUGAUAAGAAUACGGGGUGGAGGAGACUGCCCUGAGAAGUCUUUGGGCGGCAUUCUGAUGGCAUUGAAAGUCAGUCUGCCACGCUCUUACAUUUAUGUACUAACGGAUGCUACAGCCGGUGAUCAUAGGAUCCUGCCUGAAGUGCUUGAUGCUGUGCAGAGAAAGCAGAGUCAAAUAGUGUUCAUCCUGACGGGCCACUGCGAGGACCUGGCCCGUCCCCACUACCAGGUGUACCAGCAGCUCGCGGCCGCCAGCUUCGGGCAGGUCUUCCAUCUCAACAAGAGCAACGUGCACGAUGUGUUGGAUUUCGUCCGCUCGUCGAUCGGAGCGCGCGCGGUCAACCUGGGGUCGGCGGUGUACCCGCCCGGCGACAACUACACGCGAUCUUUCCCAGUAGACAGUUCUCUGGUGGAGGUGACGGUGUCGGUGGCGGGCGCGGCGCCCCACAUCCACGUGACAUCGCCCAGUGGGACGCCCCUCGAGCCGCCAAGGAUACUCACCCCGCUGAGUUUGGAUGAAGUUAAGAUAGUGAAGCUGAUAGAGCCUGAAGCGGGCACGUGGUCGCUGAGCGUGGGGAGCCGCUCGCGCCACUCUUUACGCGUGGGGGGCCGCUCGGCCCUCGCCUUCGCGCCCGCCUUCUCCGCAUCGCCACCGGGGGGGCACCAGGGGAAUAGCAGACCGCUGUUGGGUACCCUGAACUACAUGACGAUAACUCUAUCGGAAACCAACUCAACAGUCACGCUAAGCCACGCGGAGUUACUGGACUUAGAGGGGAAACCCCUGUUCGAGCUACCCCUCCGAUUGGUGGACGGAGACAAGGGGGUUUAUGCAACUGACGCGUUUAUGCCGCCAGAGGAAUUGUUCUUUAUUGCUAUCAAUGGUCGUGAUGAAACUAAUCAGGAACUGCGUCGCGUGAGCACAACCACUGUCCAAGCGAAACCACCAGAGGUUCCAUACAUCACAGUGAAUGAAGACAUAGAUGCUAUGGAACACGACCGGGUCGUCCUAGACUGUUCCGUAGAGAGCUUGGUUCCCGUCACAGUGUAUUGGAAGAAAGAUUACAAGAAAUUGGCCAAUAUUUCUAGUUUACAAAGCACGCAGCUACAGUACGCGAUAGAGGAGCUGUCAGCGGCUGAUGCGGGUGCCUACUCCUGCCACGCUCACAACUCAGCGGGUUUCAACAAGGCAACUGCUACUGUUCAUGUCUCAUUUAACCUGCCGGUAGUGAGCAUACAACCUGAAAACAUGACUAUAAUGGAGAAUGAAAACUUAACAAUAUCCUGUACUGUGUACAGUGAAAGACUUCACAAAAUGGAGAUACAAUUAAAUGGAAAUUUCCUUGAGUCAGUAUUGCCGCAAUCAGCAGCCGAUUAUUACAAUUUUAAUAAAACCAUAGAAACUGUUCCGGAAAAUUCUGGAGAAUUUGCGUGUUUGGGUGAAAAUGAUGGAGGUGAAGUCAAACAAUCCACCUUCAUAACCAUUUUGGCGAGACCUAAGGCUAACAUAGGACUUCGUGAGAUAAAGAAAACAGCUCAUUCAGAUUUUCAAAUACAUUGCUUCGUUGAUGCAGACCUCGUGCGAUGGUUCAGACCAAACGGAGCAAUGGUUAAAGAAGAGAUCCUGAUUGGAGGGAAUGUGUCUGUUUUUAAUUUGAGUAAUGUGACAAUUUUGGAUGAUGGCUUUUGGGAAUGUAAAGCUUUUCGGCGAGGUUACGAAGAUUCCGACAGAGUUAAAUUAACUAUAACUUACAAGCCUCAAAUAGCCAUCGAUACUCCAAAUAACGUUACAUUAAGUUAUGGAAUGGAUUAUAACAUUACAUGCCAUGUGCAAGCCAACCCACAGCCUCAAACUAUAGCUUGGCACAAAGACAACGGAGGCAUAAUCAGUAGUGAGAUACAAAAGGUUGGCUUGGACCAAUAUUCCACACUGUUAACGCUUAAAAAUGUCACAGAAAUAUCAGAAGGAAAUUAUUCAUGUUAUGCAGAGAAUAGUGAAGGGUUUGAUAUGGCCCACAUAAAUGUGCACGUGAGGAAAAAUAUGACGCUGCUUGAAGGAUUUACUGAUCAAUUGGUGGAAUUAAAUACGCAAGUGUCACUAUCCUGCAGGGUAGAGGCCUACCCGACACCGCAUACUGUAUGGCGGCAUAAUAACACCAUAAUAAACCAGAAUGACAACGUAGAAAUAUCGUCAGACAACUCUACACUCUACAUUAAGAGUGUAGGGUUUGAGGAUUUGGGAGAGUACUCGUGUUCUAUGAAGAAUGCUUAUGAGGUGAUGAUGGUUGCAAAUGGAACCCUGUCCCUUCCAGAUACGGAGGCUCCUCUUCUGUCGAAAGAACCAGUAGAAAGAGUCACGAUGAAGGGAAAGUCUGCAUUAGUAACAUGUAGGAUCUUACAAGGGAAGCCCAAGCCUAAAAUCACAUGGCUAUACAAACAGGAUACGUCGCAAGAUUUCUCCAACCUUACACAAGAUAAAGCGUAUUUACUGAGAGAAGAUGGUUUACAGCUUAUGAUUAAGAACGUGGAUAAUAGACACGCGGGUUUCUACCGGUGUUGGGCUGAGAAUUAUGUGGGAAAAGAUGUGUAUGACUCCAGACUUGUGGUGCGAUAUGCACCUCAAUUUCAACUAGAGAGGGACAGCAAAUACGACCAGCCUAUGCAAGUGCGAGCGGGACACAAGAUACAGUUGUCAUGUAAAGCGAGCGGCGAACCCCGACCCAUAGUCACUUGGACCAAGGAACACCAAUCUGUGCCAUAUUCUAGUAAUGUAUAUUUAACAGAAGACAACGACUUAGUCAUAGACAAAGCGAGAGCGCAUGACUCUGGCUCGUACACUUGCGCUGCCGCCAGCGCGCUGGGAGCUGCGAAGAAGGACUUCACGUUAAUUGUUUAUGAACCACCAACAAUACUCCCACCAUCAGAACCGACUGUAGACGUGUUGGAAGGUGAACUAGUGGAAUUGCCCUGUAUUGUAUCCGGCAUCCCUGCACCCAGGGUAGAAUGGAGACAAAAUGGAGGUCUUAUUAGCGAGAGACGGAAAUAUGUCGAUGAUGACUUUGAGUUACGGUUCGUGGCAAAUCUUACGGAUUUCGGUGACUACACGUGUGUGGCCACAAACCCCCACGGGAAUGCCACCAUCACAUACAACGUUUACGUAUGGGUUCCUCCAUACAUAGAGCCGCCAUUGCAAUCGUCCGAGGAAGUCCUAAAGGGUGACAACAUCACUCUCAGUUGUGACGCUGUGGGGUUCCCGGUGCCCACCAUUGAGUGGGAGUUUCAGGAGGAGCUGUUGACUGCUAAUACCAGUGACUUUAGUUUCAAUGAAGUUGGUAACCUUUACAUAACCAAUGCGUCGGAGAAACAUUACGGGAAGUAUUCAUGCGUAGCUGACAACGGCGUGAGAGCCUCUAGGAAGACUAUUACGCUUGAUGUUCUAGAAGCACCGUCCAUUCUGCCGGAAAACUUCACGGGUCCGUACAUAGCGACCACCAUGGACCUGGCGGUGACCAUCUCAUGUCGGACCGGCGGGCGUCCGCGGCCCUUCGUGGCUUGGACCAGAGAUGGACGCUUUCUUGAUAUUGAUGACCAAUAUGAUAUAAAUUUCGACGGAUCGUUGACUAUAAAAUCUCCAUCUGAAGAGCUCAGUGGCAACUACACUUGUGUGGCUAAAAAUAAAGUUGGCAGUUCAAACAAGACUGUGGAAGUACAGAUAUACCCCCUGCCAACCAUGAUGCAGUCAGACUCGUCCCAGUCCACAGUCACUGUGCUGGAGGGGUCGAGCCCCACACUGCAAUGUCCCGUGUGCAGGAGUGAACGCUGCACUGUCAAAUGGUACAAGGAUGCCCAGCUAAUAUCCCUUGGAAACCUAUCAUUCUCGAACAUAUCUCGCCACAACGCGUCUACCUACGCGUGUACAGUCAGCAACUCCGUGGGCUCGGCUCACAGUACCGUCAGCAUAAAUGUCGAGUGGCCGCCGCGCUUUGUGGCACUUGUGAGCGAGACUGUACUAGUGGUGAGAGGAGAGGAUUCUGUGCUCGACUGUACCGUUGAUGCUAAGCCUGUGGGUGAGAUUAAAUGGCUGUUCAACUCCAAACCUUUGCCUGGUGAAGACAAAGAGUAUUUGAAGCUGCGGAAUGUAAAGCUACAACACACGGGACUAUACAAAUGUGUCGUUAGCAACACACACGGGGUUAUAGCAAGACGAUUCACUGUGGAUGUCCUAGUUCCCCCUUUCAUAUCUGAUUUUGAAGUCCUCGAUGUAACGUUAAAAGAAGGAAUGAAUGCGACAUUAGAUUGUAAUGCCAAAGGAUAUCCAAAGCCAAAAGUUACAUGGUCUUACAACAACUCACACUGGCACAUAACAAACAGUUCCCUGCAAACAAGCAACGCGUCGGUUUCCGCUUCCGGUUCCUUCCGGUGCGACGCGUGCAACAUGGCCGCCGCGGCGCAUGUGGUGUAUAGAGUCACUGUUGUUACACCGCCGAGGGUUGAAGUGAGGAGCGAUGGGGUUGUUACUAAUGUAGUUGAGGUUGAGUUAACCAAACCAACCCGCAUCACAUGCCACGCGACUGGCAACCCUACGCCACUCAUACAAUGGAUGCAACAUGGCAACAUUAUCGCAACCAGCGUCCACGACGCGGUAUUGCUAGAGUUAGACGUGUCGGGGGUCGCGGGUUCGAGGCUCCACGAGUACUAUUGUGUGGCGAGUAAUGAAGCAGGGACUGAUGUUGGCGUUGUUAAAGUUUAUACUUUAGAACCUCCAAAAAUAUCUACAUCACUAUACCAAGAAACAGAUCUAUCUAACUUUACAACUUUAGAAGUACUGUCGGGUUCACCAUUUUACCUCACAUGCUAUGGCUCCGGCUACCCUGAACCUUAUCUGCUUUGGUAUAAAGACGGUAAUCCAUUGAAAGAUGAGAAGAUGAUAUUGACAGAUUUCGGGGAGAUUCUGGUAUCAAAUAAGGCGACAUUUGAACAGUCGGGAACGUAUCAAUGUGUUGCCAUGAAUCAAGUGGGUGAAGCGAAGUUCGAAUAUUUAGUAGAUGUUUUGGGUAAGUUAUUUCCCGUUUUACAAGAUUUACAACGCAUGAUAAGAAACAAAGAAGGAAAAACAUUUAAACCACCCCUAAAACCUGAUGCAGAUAUUCCUCUAAUAAGAAUAAGUAAAGGGCAACCGUUGAAGUUAUCCUGCCCCGCAGCGGGCCACCCUGUAGCUAACGUCACGUGGUUCAAACGUGGAAGAGUGUUAAACGAAUAUGGAGGUACUUUGUUGCAGAUAAUAAACAAGACAAAAACCACAGAUACUGGCCACUACAGCUGCAUACUGACUAACAAGGUUGGAUCUACAGAGGUCGCAUUCAAUGUGAGAGUGGAGGUGGCGCCAUCUAUAGCUGCGGCCAGUUCGGAAAUGGCGGGAAAUGAGAGCAGUGUUACUGUGAAAUUAGGUCGCAGUGCUGUGCUGAGAUGUCUGGUUGAUGGUGAACCGAAACCUCAGGUUGUUUGGUACAAGAACAGAGUACCUCUAAGUACGGGCACAGACAACGUGCAAACAGCUAUAGACAACAGAAUAGUCACAAUAUGGCGGACGACCGUUGAGGACGCGGGUUUAUACCAAUGCGUGGCUGAGAACAGCGCCGGGAAGGCUAGCUGGGAUUAUAAAGUUAUAGUUUUAGUGCCCGGAAAAUGGACACCAUUUUCCUCUUGGAGUCUAUGCAACGCGACUUGCGGUGUCGGCUACCAACAUCGAGCCCGCUCCUGUGUUCACACCUCAGAACAAGGACUCUCCACUGACAGUCGUAGCACCAUAGAUUAUACAGGCAUAGACAAUGUGGGCGGGAACUUUGUGGUGGUUGAAGAAACCACGUGCAAAGGAAAGCGGGAGGAGGAAAGGAAAUGUCGAAUGCCUGAAUGUGAGGACUCGUCGUCCGCCCGCUGGUCGUCCUGGUCGGUGUGGUCAACGUGUUCGGCCGCGUGCGGCGCCGGGACUCAAACCCGGACCCGGCGCUGUCGCGGGACCCACUGCGUUGGAGAUAACGUGCAGAUAAGGAAAUGCCCUCGCCUGCCGAAAUGCCCAGAAACUGAAGCCGAUUCACCAAACGACGUUUUACACAAUAUUGCCCAAACCCCUCCGGAUCCCUACUCGCCUGAGACCACAUACGAAAUUGACCCUUACGAGCCUAACUUUGAAGAUGUGGAGACGAUUUUUGAACAGCCAGAAUCUAAUUUGAAGAAGGUGUUUGAAGUUGAAGGGCUGGCUGUAAAGGAAAAUGGACCCUGUGGCGUUGGGUUUACGUAUCAUGAAGAUACUGAUUCGUGUGAAGACAUCGACGAGUGCCUGCUCGAGUCCAACGCGUGCCACUCGACGCAGGCGUGCGAGAACGCGGCGGGCGGGUACCGCUGCGCCUGCCCCGCGGGGUACGCGGCGCGGGGAGGGGGGCAGAGGUGCUUGGACAUAAACGAGUGUUCGACGGGCGCGCACGGCUGCCAGUUCGCGUGCGUGAACACGGCGGGCGGGCACGUCUGCGCGUGUCCCGCGCGCAUGCGCCUGCGCAGCGACCGCCGGACGUGCUACACACGUAUGUGAUACUAACAUUAUAAUAAAUAGCUUAUACUUCGA